ACGUGGGAGCAAAAUUGUUGUGAGAAAUCACUAAACAGUUUCACUAUACAUUUACUAUAUUGCCCUUUUCCGCCAUCUGAAACUGUUCAAUCAGUGUUAGGGUUUUGGGAGUUCUGCAUCUCUUCGCCAGUAAACGAAACAGCACCGCAGACUGCAGAGCAGGAUUUGAAACCCUAAUCAUGGUGAGACAUAUCUUCAUGUUUGCUCAAUAAGAAAUUUCCGCCUAUAUAUAAUUUGAAACUUUUCAAAAUCCGACUCUUUUUAAACUGGACACUAGCAAUUAGCAAAGGCUUUUCGGCCAAAUAGUCUCAGGAUGCGCACCAAAGCAGGUGCUUCAAUGGCAAAAUCAUUCGACACACAGAAGUACCUGAAGAAAGUCGGAUUAGGGAAAGAAGAUUAUCACUUCUGGAAGCAAGUGGGAAAAGCUUUGCUUUGUACUUACACUCUGUUUGGUGUGGCGUGGGUGUGGAAUGAAACUUCGCCACUUGGUUGGUGGACCUUAAAGCCACGGCCAAAGGAAGAAAAAGAACUAGCACAUCUUUACGAACGCCGGAAAUUUCCAUAUCCAGGCGACGAGAAGGCCAUGGAAGAGUUCGUUGCCAAAGGUGGGAUGAUUGGGACUACCAUUGGUCCCAAGGGAAUCAUUGAAUCUGAUAAAGAUUCAUACAAUUAUCAGAAAGCAUUGCAGGAUAAGAAGGUUGACCAAGAAGCCUUCAAGUUGUGGACGAGGAUGAGGAAUGAGGUCAUUUCUGAGCUUCAAGAGAAAGGGUUUGAUGUAGAAGAACAGACAAUGACAUGCUCUCAUCAAUACCGUUCACGUCAUUCUCCCUCUCUGAAAUGUUUGAACUCGGAGACUAUUCAUUGCUGAAUUUGGAUUUAUUCAUGCAUGCUAAUUGCUAUCUGAUGUUUCAAUACAAUAAAUGAGUUGGUAAGAUAAAUUGACACACGUUUAUCCUUUA